AGGAAGUUGAAGUCACUGUUGCAUUAUGGGAUGCGCAAUCCAUGGUUACUACACUGUAGCAAUGACUGCUUUAAUAACAGCUAGACGGAAUGAGUAGGGAAUAGUUCAUAAUAAUCAACACAUACGUUUUGCGAACAUUUUCUCCGUCGUAAAGGAAUUUGCAGCUGGAUGUGUAAAAUGCUGCACGCGGCAGCUGCGGACAGAAAUAAAGACCCGAUCCUUUCUGUAAUACAAAGCAAAGUGGCAUCAGGCAGACAUGUGAACGCAUUAGAAAUAUCUUCAGGCACGGGUCAGCACGUCGUUCACUUUGCCAAAGCAUUGCCUAAUGUUACAUGGCAACCAUCUGAAGUUGAUGCACAGUCCAUGUCGAGUAUAGAGGCUUAUAGACAGCAUAAUGGGCUGCAGAAUAUAAAGCCACCCAUCUAUCUUGAUGCCUCACAGAGUUGGGAGAACUGGAGCAGCAUUCAACCCGAGUCAUGUGACCUCAUUGUGAAUAUCAACAUGAUGCACAUCUCACCUCUGGCCUGCACAAAGGGUUUGUUUUAUGGCGUUGGAAAGAUACUCAAGCCCCAAGGAUUGCUUCUGACUUACGGGCCGUAUGCAGUCAACGGGUCGAUUACACCACAGAGCAAUGUUGACUUUGACCACAGCUUACGAUCAAGAAAUCCAGAUUGGGGUCUGAGAGAUAUAGCUAUGCUGACAUUGCUAGGCCAAGAUAAUGGAUUGCGACUCGAGGAAAUUGUUGAUAUGCCUGCCAACAACAAGUGCCUACUGUUUCGCAAGGACAGCGUGGUUUGAUACAUGAUCUAUUUAUAUAGUAUCACCAGCAGUAUUAUUAUGUACUGUUUUAACUGUCCUGUCAAUAAAAAUAAUAGGAGGGAUUCUCUUAAAUGUACUAUUACAAAGUUCAUUAAGUAAACUUGACAACAAGUUAGGUGGAGUCAUCAUAUUUAUAGACAUAAUCCUAAAACAAAAGUAAAUGGGAGUAUCAGCAUUGCACAUGAAGUAAGGUUGUGAGGUUCUGGUUUGUUUACAUUCCUGAUUGCCAUAACAUUAAUAAAUAAAUACUAUAUU